GCUGCCGAGCCCGCCCUGCUCCGGACUGGCGCUCCCAGCGCAGCGCGGCUGCUUUGGGGCUGCUGCUCCCUGCCCGGCCCCGGCCAUGGGGCGAGGGGCGGCAGCUGGGGCCCUGCUGGUGGCACUGGUGGUGCUGGGAGCCCCCCCGGCUGCGGGCGCGGAGCUCUCGGGAGUGUUCCAGGAGAUAAGAACGAGAGAGUGUCACUUCAUUAAUGGUACGGAGAAGGUGAGGUUCCUGAGGAGGUACAUCUACAAUCGAAAGCAGUACAUGAUGUUCGACAGCGACGUGGGGGUGUUCGUGGGGGACACACGAUUUGGGGAGAUACAGGCCUGGUGCUGGAACAGACACCCGGAAACACUGGAGGAUCAUCGGGCUGCUGUUGACACGUUCUGCCGGGCCGGCUACGAGCUUGCUGCCCCGUUGCUCCUGGGGCGCCGAGCUGAGCGCGGCGUGUCCAUCUCGCUGGUGCCCCCCUCGAGCUCCCAGCCCGGCCCCGGCCGCCUGCUCUGCUCCGUGAUGGAUUUCUACCCUGCUGCCAUCCAGGUGAGGUGGUUCCAGGGCCAGCAGGAGCUCUCGGAGCACGUGGUGGCCACCGACGUGGUCCCCAACGGGGACUGGACCUACCAGCUGCUGGUGCUGCUGGAAACCCCCACCCGGUGCGGGCUCAGCUACAGCUGCCAGGUGGAGCACGUCAGCCUGGAGCAGCCCCUGAGGCGGCACUGGGAGAUGCCGCCGGACGCCGCCCGCAGCAAGAUGCUGACGGGCAUCGGGGGCUUCGUCUUCCUGGCGCUGGGGCUCGGCUUCUCCCUGCGCAAGAAGCUCCUGAGCCGGCGGCGGCCGCAGCCCCUCCCCGAGGAGAAGUGGAGGAGGAGGAAGGAGCCGGAGAAGGGCAGGAGAGAGGAGGAGAAGGAGGUGGGAUAA